ACUGGUCUGCUUGGCCGUACUCUUGGUUCAGGAGACAGUGGAGAGCAAAGAAGAAUCCAGGACGCGCAUGUCAACACGUUCAUUGAGAUGUCGAAGACCAAUCCUUCCGGAUUCCGUGGAAUAAUGAAAAUGAACCCAUCUGAAUCUGUGGACCACAUCCGCCGCAUGCGAGUGCAUGGGCAGGCCGACGCCUACCAACAAGGCCCUGAACGUGCUGCGAGCGAUGUUUCUGUGACCAACCGACAUGCGCCUCCAUCCACUCACAUCGACAUCGAGCGUCCACUGCUCUCUCAUACAGAGGCGCACGACGGAGAGGAACUUUCUCCCGAACCUACUUCAUCGGUAUUAUCUACAGACGUACUCACGGAAGAGCAUCCGGAUGGCGCUGACGACCUUCCUUCAGUAAAUGGCAGUGCAGGUUCAGAUUCUUCAGAAGAGAGCCUAUUGGACGAUGAUUGCCCCAGCGAUACCACCACCGAUUCCGACGGAGAUGAUACUCCGGCUACUGAUAGCGGCGAUACUGCUUCUGCUGGUUACGCCUCUCCUGAGAACGAGCGAUGGGAGCCAGAAGCCUUCUGUACCAUACGUGGAGAUAUUGACGAUGUGCUGGCAACUUAUCUGGUGGAUAAGCCCUUCUUAUAUCGAGUGAAGAGUAGCAAGGAGCAUCGUGGACGCCAGGAACUGCACCGUAGACGCCACUCUAACGCUGAUCCUAUCCGCGAAUCUGCCCGCGCAACCCGGCGUCAAGCUACCUGGCGGGGUUGGCCCGAUGAUCUCUGUCCUGUGAACCACAUCUUAGUCGUCCAGCGUGGCCUCAAGCAAAAUCACAAAGCCUUCUUCUACGGUCAUAAGGCUUGCG